UCCAAUCCCACUACUCAGCAUUUUAGCAAACACAAUUCUCUCUUUACUUCUCUCUUAACCUCUAAAUGGCACAUACAAUGAGCCGUAUUAUUUAUCUACUUCUCUUAGCUUCCAUCUUCUCAUCAUAUUCAACAAUGGCUUCCAUACAAUACAAUGUGCUAAAUUUCGGGGCGAAACCCGAUGGAAAAACGGAUUCGACGAAGGCGUUUCUUACUGCCUGGACACAAGCGUGCGCUUCUACAAAAUCCGUCACCAUUAAUGUUCCUAAUGGGAGAUUUUAUCUCAACAAAAUUGCAUUUCAAGGUCCUUGUAAAAAUAAUGGUAUCGGGUUUAGUAUAAGAGGAACUCUUGUGGCUCCUUCGAAUUAUAAGGUGAUCGGAAGUUUAAAGAAUUGGAUAAUCUUUGAACAUGUUAAUGGAGUUACUAUUUCUGGUGGUACACUUGAUGGUCAAGGCACUGGAUUGUGGUCUUGUAAGUCUUCCGGCAAGAGUUGUCCUUAUGGUGCAACGUCACUUGAAUUCACAAAUUCAAACAACAUUAUAAUCAAAGGAUUAGCAUCACUAAAUAGCCAAUUAUUCCACAUCGUCAUCAACGAAUGCCAAAACGUCAAAGUUCAAAGUUUAAAAAUCACAGCCGCCGGAAAUAGCCCAAAUACCGACGGCAUUCACGUCGAAGCGUCAACCGGCGUCACAAUCCUCAAUUCCAAAAUCGGAACAGGAGAUGAUUGUGUAUCAAUUGGUCCCGGAACAUCAAGUUUAUGGAUCGAAAAUGUCGCGUGCGGUCCAGGCCAUGGAAUAAGCAUUGGAAGUUUAGGUAAGGAUGUUCAAGAAAAUGGUGUACAAAAUGUGACAGUCAUAAGUUCGACAUUUACGGGUACACAAAAUGGAGUCAGAAUCAAGACUUGGGGAAGAGCCAGUAAUGGAUUUGCAAGAAAUAUUAAAUUUCAGCAUGUUGUCAUGAAUAAUGUUGAGAAUCCAAUUGUAAUUGACCAAAAUUACUGCCCUGAUGAAAAGAAUUGCCCUGGCCAGGUUUCUGGGGUAAAAAUUAGUGAUGUGACAUACCUAGACAUACAUGGAUCAUCAGCAACAGAAGUUGCGGUAAAAUUUAGCUGCAGUAAGAAAUAUCCAUGCAGUGGAAUAAAAUUACAAGACCUAAAGCUUACUUACAAUAAUCAGCCAGCUGAAGCAUCAUGUAUUAAUGCUGAUGGAUCUGCUUCUGGCGUUGUUCAGCCCACAAGUUGUCUAUAAAUAGAAACCAAUGAUUUAAUUGAAUAUCUUCUCAUUUUGAUCAUGAAUUUUUCAUUCUACCCUAAUUGGAAGGGUAGAUUUAACUAGGGAAAAAUAGUGAAAAUUGUUUUGAAUAGGCUUGAUUAUGGUUAGAAAUGUAGGAAAUUUAAGGUAUACUUGCAUUAUCCUCGGAUUAAGUAAUACGGAAACAAGAAUGUCGAAAGAAAAUAUUGAGACGGGUAUUGAACGGCGAAACAAUUGAACGAUGAAGUUUCGAAAAUUUAGAAGUGUUUUCUAGAGUGAAAAUAAAAUGUCCAAAUGUAAGAUUGAACUUUUUUUGUGCAAUAUAGUCCUGAAUUACUUGGAAUUUGUAAUUAUAUGCAUUAUUAUAAUUAAAGGGUAUAUUUUUUCCAAAACA